UCUCCCAGCUGCUGUAUUGCUGCUGCGGGAGAAAUUGGAGCUGCUGUCGCCGGCACGCCCGCCCUCCCCCACUGAGAAGAGCCACCGCCUCUUCCCUUGCGCUCCUUAUACACCUAUCGCCGGGAGCGGCGGCAGUAACAGUCCCUGGACCCACUGCCGCCUCCUCAGGCGGCCGCUCUGGGGGGUCAUUCCCGCAGCCCGUCAACUGAGGGCGGCCCCCUAUCCCUAACCGGCUACUCACUCCAGAUCGUCUGCUCCUUCCUUAACCUCGCCUGGGACCCACCUCCCCACAGUCUCACCGGGGUGGAGGACGAAGAGGAGGAGACCGGAGAGUCACCCUUCCUCCAGGCGGCGUCGGCCCCCUCACCCGCGGGUGUGUCCUAUAAAUGGCGUCGGAAAGCGACACCGAGGAAUUCUAUGAUGCCCCUGAAGAUGUGCACCCUGUAGGGUCUCCAGGAAAAGUUGGGCUUUUAUCAUUCAAGGAAACAGAUAACACUGCACACAAAGUUGGAAAUGAGUCCCCUGUACAAGAAUUGAAACAAGAUGUGUCUAAAAAGAUAAUUGAAAGUAUUAUUGAGGAAAGUCAGAAAGUACUACAUCGUGAAGAUGACUCUUUGGAUUCCAAUGGAAAAGAACUCUCUGACCAGGCUACUGCCAGUCCUGUUGUGUCUGGAACAGAUCUUAGCAAUAUACCUGGACUGUUAGGCAUAGAUCAAGUACUACAGGAAGAUUUCACAAAGGCAGAGAGUCAGAAUGCAUUUGAGGAAACUGAAUUAGAAUCAAAACAGUGUUUUCCAUCUGAUGAUACCUGUGAGAAAUCAGUAGAAGAAACCAUCAAGUUAAAUGAAAUAAGUUCAACUGAGCAGCAUAAUGUGCAUGAAAUGGAAAUAGAAGUGUUGAACAAGGAAGCAAUGGAAGUAAAACGAAGUGAUGUCAUAGAUCCUGCAUCCUCAAAUUCUUCAUCUAAUAAAGAUUUUGUUGCUGUGGAAGAAGUGGCUCCUGCCAAACCCCCGAGGCACCUUACUCCAGAACCUGAUAUAGUAGCUAGUACAAAGAAACCUGUUCCAGCACGCCCACCCCCUCCAACUAAUUUCCCACCUCCUAGACCCCCACCUCCAUCUCGACCUGCUCCACCACCAAGAAAAAAGAAAAGUGAAUUGGAGUUUGAGGCUCUUAAAUCACCAGAUCUAGAUGUACCCAAAGAGAAUAUUACGUCUGAUUCUCUCCUAACUACAACCAUGGCUUCAGAAAGUACAGUCAGGGAUUCUCAGCCUUCUCUUGAUUUGGCAAGUGCUACCAGUGGAGAUAAAAUAGUUACAGCCCAGGAAAAUGGAAAAGAACCUGAUGGGCAGACAAUAGCAGGUGAAGUGAUGGGCCCUCAGAGACCUAGAUCCAACUCUGGGAGAGAGCUUACUGAUGAGGAAAUUUUAGCCAGUGUAAUGAUUAAGAACCUAGAUACUGGAGAAGAAAUACCUUUAAGUCUUGCUGAAGAGAAGCUUCCAACAGGUAUUAAUCCUCUCACCCUACACAUCAUGAGAAGGACAAAGGAAUAUGUAAGUAAUGAUGCAGCACAGUCAGAUGAUGAAGAGAAGUUACAAUCUCAACCAACAGAUACUGACGGUGGAAGGUUAAAACAGAAAACGACUCAACUAAAGAAGUUCCUUGGAAAAUCAGUAAAGAGAGCAAAGCAUCUUGCUGAGGAGUAUGGUGAACGUGCUAUAAAUAAAGUUAAAAGUGUAAGAGAUGAAGUGUUUCAUACUGAUCAAGAUGAUCCUUCAUCAAGUGAUGAUGAAGGGAUGCCAUAUACAAGACCAGUUAAAUUCAAAGCGGCACAUGGUUUCAAAGGACCUUAUGAUUUUGAUCAGAUCAAAGUGGUGCAAGAUCUUAGUGGAGAACAUAUGGGAGCUGUUUGGACUAUGAAAUUUUCUCACUGUGGCCGGUUACUUGCCUCAGCUGGACAAGACAAUGUAGUGAGAAUAUGGGCUUUAAAAAAUGCUUUUGAUUAUUUCAACAAUAUGCGAAUGAAAUAUAAUACUGAAGGACGUGUGUCCCCGUCACCUUCUCAGGAAAGUCUAAAUUCAUCAAAAUCUGAUACAGAUACAGGGGUAUGCAGUGGAACUGAAGAAGACCCUGAUGACAAAAACGCACCCUUUCGCCAAAGGCCAUUUUGCAAAUACAAAGGACACACUGCUGAUCUCCUCGAUCUUUCAUGGUCUAAAAACUACUUUCUGCUGUCUUCUUCAAUGGAUAAAACAGUUAGGUUAUGGCACAUUUCUAGAAGAGAAUGCCUUUGCUGUUUUCAACAUAUAGAUUUUGUCACUGCCAUAGCUUUCCAUCCAAGAGAUGACAGGUAUUUUCUAAGUGGGUCACUUGAUGGAAAGCUUCGCCUUUGGAACAUACCUGACAAAAAAGUGGCUUUGUGGAAUGAAGUAGAUGGUCAAACAAAAUUGAUCACAGCUGCAAAUUUCUGUCAGAAUGGCAAAUAUGCAGUAAUUGGAACAUAUGAUGGGAGAUGUAUUUUCUAUGAUACAGAGCAUUUGAAAUACCAUACACAAAUACAUGUCCGAUCUACUAGAGGGCGCAAUAAGGUUGGAAGGAAAAUUACUGGCAUUGAGCCUUUACCUGGAGAAAAUAAGAUACUGGUAACCUCAAAUGACUCCAGAAUCAGACUAUAUGAUCUGAGAGAUUUGUCACUAUCCAUGAAGUAUAAGGGUUAUGUCAAUAGCAGCAGCCAGAUCAAAGCAAGUUUCAGCCAUGAUUUUACUUACCUCGUUAGCGGUUCAGAAGAUAAAUAUGUUUAUAUCUGGAGUACCUAUCAUGACUUAAGCAAGUUUACUUCAGUCAGGAGAGAUCGUAAUGACUUCUGGGAAGGUAUUAAAGCACAUAAUGCAGUUGUUACAUCAGCCAUCUUUGCUCCAAAUCCAAGUCUGAUGUUAUCUUUGGAUAUGCAGUCUGAAAAAUCAGAAGGGAGUGAUAAAGGUGAAGAUGCUGAAGUUUUAGAUACCACAUCAACUGGUAUUGCGAAGACAGAUAAUACAGAAGUUCUUCUCUCUGCUGACUUCACUGGAGCAAUCAAAGUGUUUAUUAACAAAAGGAAAAAUGUAUCUUAAUUUAAAUUGACAUUUAAAAUAAACAUAUCAGUAAGUUUCUAUAUGUAUCAGAACUGAAAAAAUAUAUAGUGUUUCAAGCUAACAUCCUUUUUUUAAUUUUUAUCGAAAGUUUUUCAAAUAUAAUAUAUUUUUUGAGAGGCAGUGUUAAUGAUCUAGGAAAUCCUGGACUGAUGGACUAGAAAAGAAUGUGGCUAGAUUAACAUUGCCAGAUAUUAGGCUUUAUGUUUUGUUAUAUAUGUGUUUUUGUUAUAUAAUUAUGAACAUGCACAAGUUUCUGCAUGAAAAGAUAUUAAUAUAUUAAUCACAUGUGUGUGCCUUUUGGUUACAUGCACUAAGUCUAACAAAGUUAAAUUAUUUCAGUGGCUCUUUUGGCCUCUUGCUGGGGUAUAUAGUCUUGUUUCUAGCUUAAACAAUUUCUUUUGCACAAAAUUUCAUUUUAAAAAAACAUGGUCUCCCGGGUGCAGUGGCGCACACCUGUAAUCCCAGCGACUCGGGAACCUGAGGCAGGAGGAUCGCAAGUUCUAGGCCAGCCUCAACAAUUUAGUGAGUACUUGUCUCAAAAUGAAAAAUGAAAAGGUCUGGGGAUGUGGCUCAGUGGUAAAGCACCCCUUGGUUCAAUCCUCAGUACCAAAGAAAAAAGAGAAGUAGUCUCUUUUGACUGAGUUAUUGUUUUGAAAAUGUUAUAUAGAUUUUCAAUAGGUCAAUAACCAUGGAUAAAUGGUUUUUAUAAAUUUCUCAAUUUGGGGAUAAGAUUUUUUUGUGGUCUAAAUUGUGGACUUAAGAUUCUUUUCUUUCUAUGUAUAUAUAUAUAAUUUUUUUUCUUUGCCACACUGGAGCACAAUGUUUCUAUGUAAAGAAUUCUUUUCAUUCUUUAUCCAUGAGCACCAGGCUUUGCUCACUUAAAAAAAAAUAAGCCGCAUUAAGGAGUGAGUCUUCUUUUUUACAAUAAUGUAAAAUUGAACUGUUUACAUUUUUUUUAAAGCAUUGUAGUUUUUAAAAAUUAAGCUGUUUUGUUUUAUGUUGUUGAAUUUGAAAGCCUUUGUAAAUAUCAAUAUAAUGUACCAAUGAAAUAACAUCUGGGGCAGUGGAACCCUGACCAUGUUGUUGAUGGUUAGCAUAUGUUUCUGAAAAUUAAAUAUGUAUUAUUAAAAGUUGGUCGCCAACACUUGUUGAAUGUGACUUAUUUUCAGAUGACUUCAGUAAACAGAGGAAUGCA